AGGAAGAAGCUACAGUAACAGCUGUGAAGAUAUCAGGAGUAUUCAUGCUGCAGCUUAGGCUCUGAGAGCUAUCAGCCCACAGGAAUUAAAAGACUGCAAUUACUGAUCAGAGCUGAGUUUGUUGUUGUUUGUGAAAGGUUAAGGACUAUAUAUUGCAGCUCACUCACAAGGAAUGGCUUUUACCAUGGUGCGGGCAAUGCCAACACAUUUGAUUUACCCGGAUAUUUCCAUCAUGUCAGAGGAUGAGGAGAAUCGGAGUGAAAGUGAUGCUUCAGAUCAAUCUUUUGGUUGCUAUGAAAGUUCAGCAAAAAGGAAGAUUCCAGGUAAAACAGGACAGGUGGUUGUGGUCAAGCAGAGGCAAGCAGCCAAUGCUAGAGAAAGAGACCGAACUCAAAGCGUUAACACAGCAUUCACAGCCCUGCGCACCUUAAUACCCACAGAGCCUGUGGACAGGAAGCUCUCCAAGAUAGAGACACUGCGCUUGGCAUCCAGCUACAUCUCCCACCUGGCAAAUGUACUUCUUAUAGGGGAUGGUUGUGAAGAUGGGCAGCCUUGCUUCAGCCCUGUAUACAGACCAAAAGAUGAAUCUGAUUGCAAGUUACCACGCAGCAUCUGUACCUUCUGUCUUAGCAACCAGAGGAAGGGGGCAAUUCGCCGGGAACACAAUGGGAACUGCCUGAAGGUCAGAGGACUGAACACACUGCGUGUCCCUCAGAGAUGAUAAAUUAGAAUCUUUAGAACAGAUGGGAAAUUAAAGGAUUAGUGAGCCCAAAGUCUUCAUUUUAGACACAAACAGAGGAAGGAUUCAGAGGCCCAGUGAGCUGUUCACUGCUGUAUUUCUAAAAAUGACAGAAAAUCUGGACGCUGCUGGGCCCAGGAGAACUAAAGGAUUUGGUGGAAAUCUUGUAAAAGGGACAGUACAGCCAGUUGUUAACUACAAUACCACAAACUAGUGUUACAAUGGCUUCCUUCUUUACGCCUGUACAUAAAACACUGCGUCACUAAACGUGAUGCAGCUUCAUGUAAAUGUAUGUAUAUAUCAGCAAAGUUAUAAAUUUUAAUUAAAAUAAGAUUAUUUCAAAAAA